AAGAGGGGCAGAGUCCGGGCGCAGCUGCCGCACAGCAAAUUCCUCAACAGAAAGUUUCGAUUCUCCUCGCCGUCGCGCACUCAAUCUUCAAGUCCAGAUUUCCGGUCCUGGAUCGUUCCACGGGAGUGUUAAAAAGUUUAAUGGCCAUUUCCUCCUCCGAAUAGUGGCUUCAGCUGGCCUGCUGUGAUUCGCGCCACUUGGCGAAGGAAGAUCAAUAAAACGUCAACAUUGUUUGAAGAUUUCGGGUUUGAUUUUUGCGCGCGGGGGAAGGUCAAUCCGGAGAUCCUGUUUGGCCACGACCGGAUUAAGUGUGUGUGUGUUUGUGCUUGCGCGAUUGUCCGAUAAAAAUGUAUUUAAAAAAAAAUGAAAAGUGAAAGCGCCUCCUCCCUCGUCAUCGCAGUGUAAAUAAAUCGAGAAAAAAAAGUUCGUGGUCCCACGCCCGAAAGUUGGUUCCCCCCGUCCGUGAUGAGUGGCCAAAAUUGUCAAGUGCAGCAGACCCAUUAGGCACGGAAGAGAGGCUGCUCCCCCUCCCCUUCUGAUUCUUGAAAAAUUCAUCACAAUAUCUUGGCUCGCGCAAAAGAAAAGUGAGGAAAAGCAGCGCGAAAAGUAAACAACAAUCUUCCCGAGGGUGUGGUGGGGACAAAGAGCAACAAGAGGCGGGGAGAGGACACACGCGGAAUCAUAAACAUACUCCUCAAGUCAAACGGAAAAGCCGUUGAAAGGGGAACGGGAAAGGCAAGAUGGAAAACCAGAGCUCCUCCACCUGCUCCUCCUCGCCGUCGUCGCUGCCAUUUCUUCUCGUCACGGCCAACGUCGGGAGCGUUUUUGAGGACCCCUCCCGCCUGCUCCACAUCUGGAUCCAGGAGUUCCUGGCGCACGUGGCCGCCCGCCGGCCCGCCUUCAUCGCGCUGCACCUGCAGGAGGUGGGCGGCAAAACGUACGAAAAGUCGAUGGAGUACGUGCAGGAGUUCAUCAAGAAUCUGUGCGAGUCGCGCGAGCUGGCCGACUACAACCGCAUCCGGGUCUACCUGGACGAGGACUACAACUCGGCGGAACAUUUCACGGCCCUCGGCAACCUGUACUUUGCGAUCCGCACCAUCGACCACCUCCAGAUCUGGAACUUCCUGACGCACGAGUGGGACACGGUCGCCGGCAAGAACAUCCACACCGGCAACAUCGAGUCGGUGGCCUCCAAGGAGAAGGCCAAGUUCCCGCAGCAGUUCUUCCCGGAGUGCAAAUGGUCCCGCAAGGGCUUCCUGCGGACGCGCUGGUCCCUGAACGGGACCGUGUUCGAUCUGGUCAACAUUCACCUCUUCCACGACGCUUCCAACCUGGCGGCCUGCGAGGAGUACCCGUCGGUGUACUGCAAGAGCCGGCGGCGGGCGCUCAUCCACACCCUGGAGAGAUUUCACAAGGACGCAAUCAACCAGUCCGUGCCAUAUUUCGUGUUUGGCGAUUUCAACUUCCGGUGCGACACGGAGGGAGUCAUUAAGAAAUUGACGGAGGAUCUCACGAUGCACCGGAUCGCGAGUGCCAAAAGUGACAGUACAAAGGUCCAGUACCGCGACUCGGACGGCGCGAACGUACUUACCGUGGGCAAGAAGGAGUUUAACCACCACGACCAGAGCACCUUCAAGGGAAGCUGGAUGCGCCAGUUUGACCGCGAGCUGGAAUCGCUGCGGAGCAUACUGUUCGAGUACCCGGUGAGCUUUCCGCCGUCCUACCCGUACGAGGAGGACCCGGGCCAGCCGGGGGCCUACAUGACGACGCGCUGUCCGGCGUGGUGCGACCGGAUAUUGGUCAGCCCGGCGGCACGGAAGCUUAUUGACGAAGGAGGGAAGGGAUACGCGUACGGUAUCAUCGGCGAGGCGGUCUGCAUGGGGGAUCAUAAGCCGGUCUAUCUCAGCAUUCGAAUAAAGACGAGUCAAGGAGCCCUGCCGGAAAUCACCCACGAGGAGCUGCGCGGCCGCCUGCAGGAGUAUUUGGACCUGAACGCGCGCAUCAGCGACGAACGCGGCGUGGUCGUGACGACGCACUACGUGCAGAUUACGCCGACCGCAUCGCAGGACUCGACCUCGGAGGAGCUUCCAGUGGCCGAAGUGGAGGGGGAGGAAGGCGCGUCCGCGGCCGACGCCACCGCCGAGAGCGAUUCCGUGUUUUACGGACAGAACGCCGCGAACGCGGCUUGCAGUUCGAUGAUUUUCCGGGAGACUACGGUUUAGACUGUUUUUUUAGCUGAAAUUUUGCGGGAACGAGCGUGAAUUUGGGUUGAAAUGGUCAAAAGAUGGCGCUGUAGCGCCAUACAAACUUGGUUAGUUCUGGGUUGAAAAGAUAGAUGGCGACACGACCACUAAGGGGCUCAAUCGAGCGUGUGUUCUCUCUGUCUCCGUAUUUCGUUAUGUGAUUGGAAUUCCGUUAAUCUUUCUCCACAAACGGGUUAAACUGUUUUACUUAUAGAUUUAAUACGUUACUAGUCAAACGUUAGUUGCCAUGAAAUAGUUUGUUUUAUCUCCACAAAUGAGUUUUAAUCAUUAUAAAAAUCAUAUUUUAUUUACACUAAAAAAACUUUGCUCCGAAACGAGUCAAUUGUAGUUCUUUGAAAACUUUUUACGCGCCAAAGAAGGUUACUUAAGCCGUUGUACUACUAAAAAUAACAGAAAGAGAUUGGUCAUCCGCGGGCAGAAGCCGUCAACUCAAACAUGUGACUUAUUGAUGAAAAUAUCGUACAUUUUUGAGAAAUCAAGUAAAUGUUUUAGAUCAGCAUUGUUAAACGAGUGUGCGAACGCAUGAUCCACCACCAACAGUAUCAAAUAUAUUGAGAAAAUAUUAAAUAAAAAAUAAAACUAACCCCUAUCGUAAGCGCAGCAAACAAAUCAUAACAAAAAACAUCAAAUUCCAAAAAUGUCCAGCAAUAAAUGUCUAGAAGUGCACCGAGAAAGAUGAGCUUAGUAGAACAAAUUUAGUUUCUUUUGAAAAAAGCCAUUGUUUUCGUUUGAUUUCGUGCACUAACCCACGUUUCAAAAAGUGACAGCUGUCAGGGCAUCUCCACCGAUUGGACACGCGCGUCAAUUUGCUCCCUCACAGUGGAGUUGCCCUGAAGCUAGAGAUUCUACGCAACCAAAAGAUUUCCGUUCAGUGUCUUGCCAUUAGUUUUCUACUAAGUACAGUUCCAAAAUGAGUGUGAAAAUGCCAAACAAUCACCUUAAAACAGUAAACUAAUUUAUUUGCGUGAGUAUAUUUAGAAGUUAACAUGAACAUUUUGCGAGGUUUGUUGAGCCAAUUUGUAGACGCAAAGCAGCGAACCGAUUUACAAUUACAAAAAAAUACUUAUUAGUGCAGAAGUAGCGACCGAAUUUGUCAGUCGAACAAGAUCUCAAUACCGCGUAGGCAAUACAAUAUUAUAAUAUGUUGACAAAUAUAUUUCGGUGACGUUUACAAUUGGUACUUAUUAUAUAUAUUACGAAAACAAAACAAAAAACAACUUAUAUAUACAUUUAGGCUACUAGUAGUGGCGCGUGCGGUACCAUUUUUUCGACAGUUUAAAACCAGUUAUAUUUAGCGGAGUUUUGCAAAGAAAUGCAAAUUACAGCUUGCGGUAAGCUUUGAGAAAAAAGUGACGGCGCAAGUACAUAAUCGAUUGAACGAGAAAGCAAAAUAACAAGUGACAGAAUGUUCAAAAAAAUAAAAAAAUAUCACACCCACACACAAAUAAUCCCCUCGAUGUGCAAUAAAGCGGAUAAACGUUGUCGUUAGA